UUCAAACGCUGAAGCAAGAAUGGGACGGGAGGCAGACGCGAGGCGAUCUUUCAAACUCGUUAGAGCAUGAAAAAAGAUGUGAUUAUAAUUAAUUUAUAUAAAGAACACCAUGGUUGAGUUAAAGAGGAGCAACACUUGGUGCGUUCCAUCAUUUGACUGCGAGCCUGUAAACAAACCUCCGCUGAAGCGUACCGAUAACACGGAUUUAGACAAGACUCUUUUCGACGGAUCAUUUACGCAAAGUAAUUUCAAGAAAAGAAAGAGUGAAACCAGCUUGUCGAAGCUGCUUCAGGCAUGCGAGCCACAGAGGGCCUCCGAACUGGCAAUCAGCAAGCAGAAACAGAACGAGAUCCAGAAUUGGCUUCAGUGCAAGGCGUUAAAGGGACAGCCUUCCAUGCUGAUCCUUUCCGGUCCUUCUGGCUGCGGCAAGAGUGCAGCUAUAAAAUUGCUCGCCAAGGAAAACGGUUUCGAUGUCAUAGAAUGGAUCACGCCGGUCGAUCCGGCUGAAGAUGAGAAUAAACGCAUAAUGCGGCAAGGAGACAGAUUCGAGGAUCACCUGAUACGUGCGACGCGUUAUCACUCAGUAUUGAGCGACUGUUCCAAACAAUUGCUCCUCGUUAAGGACAUCCCGAAUGUCUAUCACGAGGAUUGCAAAGGCUUCUUCACGCUCCUGGAAAAAUAUUUCCAAAUAGGAAGAGAACCUGUGAUAUUUGUCUGCACGGAGACCGGAAAUUCGAGACUGUUGCACACAUUAUUUUCACCUGACACGAGGGAGAAGCUCGGUAUUGAUCUCAUCAAUAUGUACGCUGCCACUCCCACCGCAAUGAAGAACGUGCUGAAACGAGUGUCCAGCACAUUGAAUUCCAUCGCCGGCGACAUGCUGCACGUCUCUCAGCGACACAUCGACGAGAUAUUGUCCAACAACAUCGGCGACGUGCGCAGCGCCGUUCUAAAUCUAAUUUUCAUCUCUCUCAGAGUGCCCGAGCAACGGCUGAAGAGCGAGUGCGGGGUACGAGAGGAAACCUUGGGUCUGCUACACGGCAUCGGAAGAGUCACGUUUCCGAGAAAAGAGCCGCACGGCAACUCCAGCAAGUUCGUACACGAUCCCGAGGAAAUAGCGGCGUGCUUCCAGUCGCAGUCGGUGGUUUUCGUCCAAUUCCUUCAGGAAAAUUACCUGAAUACCAUAAGAACCAUAGAGGAAGCCGCGAUAGCGUCUGAUAUAUUGAGCCUGGCUGAUGUUCUAAAUUCUGAAUGGCGUGAUCGCAAUUUGAGCAAAGUUGCAUUGUCGUACAGUAUCCGUGGCUUGAUGCUGACGAACGAGAAGCCUGUAACUGGCUGGAAUCCAGUGAGAAAGCCGCGGGAUGAUCACAGUAACAUACGAAGGUGUUUGGUGACGGCAGAAACGCGCUGUUACGAAGUUAUAAUUAAAUCCACUCCGAAGGAGAAGACUGAAACAUUGGAUAAAGAGGACAAUGAGGAGACGAUUAUCGAGGAAGAUUAGAGCGCACGUUGAAUUAAGUUUCCCCUUCCCUUUAUUAUAACUUUAUUAUAAAAUGAGAAUAAUUGGAAACACUUUGUUCAUUGUAGAAAUUUUAAGUUAACUUAUUUCUUUUUUUAUUUUUAUCGCGUCAAUUAAAUUUAAGUGCAGAAGGUACAGUGUGAUUUAGCAAUAAAGAAAACAAAACUUCAA